CUGUUAAACUUCAGAUGGCAGUAAGUCUGGAAAUGUGAUGUCAUUCAUCCUUUUACAGGCUGAUCGUGUUCGCGUGGACGCCCUGAACACCAGGACAACAGAGCAAACAUACAACAUCUAACACUACACAUUCAAAUACUCCACUCAUGACGAACAGCACAUGUGCGGCCACCAGGCGGCGCUGCAGUCGUCUUCCUGAAGCCAGGCUGUGACGCAGCUCGGAUCCUUCUGCUGAGGCUCAGUUAUGUUCUGUGGAGUCGACAGCAGCAGCUGCCUGAAAUCACUCUGCACAAACAGUCUGCUUUUACCGAGCCCUCCCCUGAGGGACCGGUCAGCCUUUUCUCAUGAAGGUGAACUCACCUUCAUCCUGUCACAGUCUGUCUUCCUCUCUCUGCUUUCUCUGAUAAUCAAAAACCAUCAUGGAGCCCAAACUGUGAGCUUAGGCUCAGCUUUGGCAGCAGAAACCGUCUGAGGAAAGAGUCUGUGAGAGGGGGGGGAAGGGGCGUGAAGCUGCUGAGGCCGCUGAUAAGCAGUUACAUAAAGUUCCUCACACACUCACACACACUCACAGAGGCAGCUGCUCACACAGCAGCAGCAGCGUUUCUUCUUCUUGUGUCUAACUUGGUGUGUCGGCAGUCAGGAUGAUGCUGCUGCUGCUGUUCGGACUUCUGUUAGUCGGAGGUUAUUUUCUUCUUCAUGUGACUGUUCUCAAGUUGCCCAGGUGUAAGAGUUCUGCGAAGCUGGACGGGAAAACCGCCGUCGUGACCGGAGCAAACACCGGCAUCGGUAAGACCACAGCGAUGGACCUGGCCAGGAGGGGGGCGAGGGUGAUCCUGGCCUGCAGGGACAGACGGCGAGCUGAGGCCGCCGUCCAGGAAAUCAUUGAGGAGACAGGUAACAGCCAGGUGAUCUUCAUGCAGCUCGACCUGGCCAGUCUGCAGUCCGUUCGCUCCUUCGCUGAUAACUUCCUGCGGUCCGAGUCCAGGCUGGAUCUGCUCAUCAACAACGCAGGCCUGAUGAACGGCGGAAAGACGGAGGACGGCUUCGGGAUGAUCUUUGGCGUCAAUCACCUGGGUCACUUCCUGCUGACGGUGUUGCUCCUGGACCGGCUGAAGGCGAGCGGGCCGAGCCGCGUGGUGACCGUGGCCUCCAAAGCCUACACGAUGGGGAAGGUGGAUUUCAACUGUCUGACGACUCACAGAGACUUGGCUUUGGGCGGCAGCGACUAUCAGCUCUUCCAGAAGUACUGUCACAGCAAACUGUGCAACGUCCUCUUCACCUACGAGCUCGCCAAGAGGCUGCAGGGCACCAACGUCACCUGCUACAGCCUCCACCCCGGAGCCAUAAAAACAGAAAUCGGCCGAAACACCGGCUUCUGGUGGAACUUGUUCCUGACCCCCAUCAUCUUCCUUUUCUUCGUGGAUGCUGAGUCCGGAGCUCAGACCACGCUCCACUGUGCCCUGGAGGAAGGCGUCGAGCACCUCAGCGGCCACUACUUCACCCACUGUGCACCGCUGACGAGCAUCGAGUCGAAGGCCAGAGACAACGCUGUGGCCAAGAAGCUGUGGGAGCUCAGCGAGACUUUCUGCGGCCUGUCCUAAAACCUGGGCUUGGUUUUUAAGUCCCAGAGCAACUCUACAAACUCUGCAUUUCACCCUAAUUCUGAGACAUUUAGUGAAGAUUACCAUGCAGGUCCACAGUUUUUAUCUUUGCUGAAUGCAGUACUCCACCUGUGUGGUGCUUUGGCCAUUCAUCAAAACGGAAAACUCAAGAAUCUGAGUGUUCCUGAAUGCAUCAACAUAGAGAGUCCCUGCUCUCAACACAAUCACAAUUAUUAAUUUACAAUAAACUAAGAGUGACUUCUGUUUACUGUGAUAAAUAAGUUCUCAGCAGCAAAUUUCAAGUCUGCAUUUGAAUAAAAUCACUGCAUCCGAAGCUGAACAUUUCCGUCUGUGCAAC